AUGAAACAAGAUCAAGAGCGAUUGCGAGAUGCAGCCAGAACACAACAUGCACCUUGGCUUACGGAGCUCCAGCCAUUGUUGCGAUGCGAUGAGAAACAACAAAUUCCUCUACAGUUCGCUUUAGUUGUCUCAGAUCCGUCCAAAAACUGGAGGAAGUCCGAACAGUAUUCGGUACCGGGGGUCAUGGCGUGCAUAUUCGUCCCGGAGGUUGUACAAGCAGCCGGACUCGGGCUCAGGAAUUUCACCAAAGAGCGAGGCCGCGAAGAAUCGAAGCGGCGCGAAGCUCAAGCUCAAGGUAGCUCAAGCUUGGAUCGUUAG